UCGGCGCCGGGACACUGCAGGCUCCGGCGCAAAAUCCUGCGGGAGAGGGGGUGGGGCGACGCUCUGGAGGCAGCGCGCCCGCCCGCAGCCUAGCUGUGGCUCCUCGGGCUCCGGCGGCGGCGGCGGCGGCAGCGCUCGCCUCGGUGUCUCCCCAGCGCACCCCAGCCGCCUCCUAGCGGCGCGACGCCCGCUCCUACGCUUAAAAUGACGAAUGUGUAAUUUCAGUGGAAUAAAUGGCGUCCAAAGUCACAGAUGCUAUAGUCUGGUAUCAAAAGAAGAUUGGAGCAUAUGAUCAACAAAUAUGGGAAAAAUCUGUUGAACAAAGAGAAAUCAAGGGGUUAAGAAAUAAACCAAAGAAAACAGCACAUGUGAAACCAGACCUCAUAGAUGUUGAUCUUGUAAGAGGGUCUGCAUUUGCUAAGGCAAAGCCUGAAAGUCCUUGGACUUCUCUGACCAGAAAGGGAAUUGUUCGAGUUGUAUUUUUUCCCUUUUUCUUUCGCUGGUGGUUACAAGUAACAUCAAAGGUCAUCUUUUUCUGGCUUCUUGUCCUUUAUCUUCUUCAAGUUGCUGCAAUAGUAUUAUUCUGUUCCACUUCUAGCCCACAUAGUAUACCUCUGACAGAAGUGAUUGGGCCAAUAUGGCUGAUGCUGCUCUUGGGAACUGUGCAUUGCCAGAUUGUUUCAACAAGAACACCUAAACCUAUAAGUACAGGCGGUAAAAGAAGAAGGAAAUUAAGAAAAGCAGCCCAUUUGGAAGUACAUAGGGAAGGAGAUGGUUCUAGUACCACAGAUAACACACAGGAAGGAGCAGUUCAGAGCCACGGUACAAGCACUACUUACAGUGUUGGCGCUGUCUUCAGAGAUCUCUGGCAUGCUGCUUUCUUUUUAUCAGGAUCAAAGAAAGCAAAGAAUUCAAUUGAUAAAUCAACUGAGACUGACAAUGGCUAUGUAUCUCUUGAUGGAAAAAAGACUGUUAAAAGCAGUGAAGAUGGAAUGCAAAACCAUGAACCUCAGUGUGAAACUAUUAAACCAGAAGAGGCAGCCUGGAUCACAGGAACUGUGAGGAAUGUUCCCAGCAAAGAUGCCCAAAGAAAAAUAACAAAUGUCUCUGAUGAAGUGUCCAGUGAGGAAGGUCCUGAAACGGGAUACUCAAUACGCCGUCAUGUGGACAGGACUUCUGAAAACAUUCUUCGGAAUAGAAAGUCACACCAUUAUAAGAAGCAUUAUCCUAAUGAGGAUGCCCCUAAAUCGGGUACUAGUUGCAGCUCUCGCUGUUCAAGUUCCAGACAGGAUUCUGAGAGCACAAGGCCAGAAUCUGAAACAGAAGAUGUGUUAUGGGAAGACUUGUUACAUUGUGCAGAAUGCCGUUCAUCUUGUACCAGUGAGACAGAUGUGGAAAAUCCUCAAAUUAAUCCAUGUGUGAAAAAAGAAUAUAGAGACGACCCUUUUCAUCAGAGUCAUGUGCCCUGGCUUCAUAGCUCCCACCCAGGAUUAGAAAAAAUAAGCGCUAUAGUAUGGGAAGGCAAUGACUGUAAGAAAGCAGACAUGUCUGUACUUGAAAUCAGUGGAAUGAUAAUGAACAGAGUGAACAGCCAUAUACCAGGAAUAGGAUACCAGAUUUUUGGAAAUGUAAUCUCUCUAAUCCUGGGUUUAACCCCAUUUGUUUUCCGACUCUCUCAAGCUACAGACUUGGAACAACUCACAGCACAUUCUGCUUCAGAACUUUAUGUGAUUGCAUUUGGUUCUAAUGAAGAUGUCAUGGUUCUUUCUAUGGUUAUAAUAAGUUUUGUGGUUCGUGUGUCUCUUGUAUGGAUUUUCUUUUUCUUGCUCUGUGUAGCAGAAAGAACUUAUAAACAGCGAUUGCUUUUUGCAAAACUCUUUGGACAUUUAACAUCUGCAAGGAGGGCACGAAAAUCUGAGGUUCCUCAUUUCCGGCUGAAAAAAGUACAGAAUAUAAAAAUGUGGCUCUCUCUCCGUUCCUAUCUUAAGCGUCGAGGUCCUCAGAGAUCAGUUGAUGUAAUAGUUUCAUCUGCUUUCUUGUUGACUAUCUCAGUUGUAUUUAUCUGUUGUGCUCAGCUGCUUCACGUGCAUGAGAUCUUCCUUGAUUGUCACUACAAUUGGGAACUUGUAAUCUGGUGCAUCUCAUUAACACUUUUUCUCUUAAGAUUUGUUACUCUUGGAUCAGAAACAAGUAAAAAAUAUAGCAAUACCUCAAUAUUACUUACUGAACAGAUAAACCUCUACUUGAAAAUGGAGAAAAAACCUAAUAAAAAGGAGGAACUGACACUAGUGAAUAAUGUUUUAAAACUGGCUACUAAACUACUAAAGGAGUUGGACAGUCCCUUUAGAUUAUAUGGUCUUACAAUGAAUCCACUGCUUUAUAAUAUCACCCAGGUUGUCAUCCUGUCAGCUGUUUCUGGUGUUAUCAGUGACUUGCUUGGAUUUAAUUUAAAGUUGUGGAAGAUUAAAUCAUGACAAUUCAGAGAAAAGAAGAUGUAGCCUCUUUUCCAGAAUACAAGUACUGACUAAGCUGCUUGAAAGCAGUCACCGACUCUGCUUCAGGAGUCUCCGCUGGGAAAUUGAAGUGUUUACAUCAGACUAUCUUGUGCAAUUCUUAUAUUUAUUUUACCUGUUCACUGUUUUUUUUACAUUUAUUUUAAUCUUUAUAUUUUAUUGUUAAGCAUUUAUGUUCUUAGUUGUUGAAAGGGUGAUAAAACUGAUAUCCAGAUACUUGAGAUCCUGGUAAUUGCUCAUAAAUGAUUGACAAAAUAAGAUGUUAUGAAAAUAGAAGCCAUUGCUAAGCACUGUUUUUCCAUCAAUGCCAUGAAAUUGCCUUACUUAAGGAAAAAUCCUUUAACUUUGGAAUAUUAUAUUGGACACAUACAGCAUUUUAUUGGGUAAAUCAAGAUCCAUUCAGGUUUUCUCUUGAAAUAUUUAGGAACAAUGCCAGGAUCUAAACUGAUUAAGCUGCAGUUUAAGCACCCUUCAGUAUUAAUAUAUAUGGUAUUACAUAACAGGUCAACAAGUGCUCUUUGAUGAUAAAACUCUUAAUGGAGCAAUAAUUGUAAAUGGUUACCAUACUGUAAAAUAUUUUGAUAAAAAUUAAUUAGUAAUAAUUGUAUUUAUUUGAAACACUGGGCUGUUUGCACAGCUCCAACUGUGCAUGCUCAAAAUGUGCACUUUUUAAAAUUGUUACUUUUAAUGUGUAUCUUUAUAUGGGAUAUGUUAUAGUGUACUAGGGCAUGAUGUGGUAUCCUUUUGAGUGAGGUAUAUACUCAUCUCACAAGUGAAGUGCCUACUGAUAUUACUAAAGUACAUUAUGUUUACUCAAGUGAAAUAAUUUUCUCCCAUGGUACACUAUAGUGUAUGCUAUUCAUACCACACUUAAAUGAACAACUUAAGAAUAAGGUAAGAACCAAUGAAAUAUUCGUUUGAGUGCUAGUUAUAAAAUUAUAUCCAAAUUUUCAGAAAAGACAGCUUCAGCUUGCAAAUUCUAUCCUCUAAACUUAGUCUGGUGCAUCCCCUUACCCACCCAUAUCCACAUCCACACCCUCCAUUAUACAAGGGCUAUUUUAGAUGCUUUUAACCUGGAAAGUUAACUGCUCCCCCCUUCAAUAAUUUGCCAAGUGUCCAAUGAGAACUUAUCAUGUUGGCAUGUUAGGUAAAUAGGGCAAAUAUGAUAGUAUCUUACAUUGGACCUUGAUUUUAAGUUGUUGUAUUUGUACAAUCAAGUGUAUUUUAGGAAUUACAUGAAAUGUAAAAUGUUUUGUGAUUUUUUUUUUAAAUUGAUCAUCUGGUUUCUAAAACAAAGAAUUUAUUGAAACAAUCUAGAAUUUUCUUGGUGCAAAGUGUAUUAUAUUGAAUAUCCUCAUGUUUUUACCAUGUUUUAAGGAAUUUGAGAUAAUUCAUUGUAAAUAAUUUAUUUGAUUGGUGCAGUUCUAAUUCCCAAAUUAUAAUCUUAAAAUCAGGAAUGUGUGGAGAACAGAGCCAUGUCAUAUCACUUUGCUCUUACCAUUCCUUUUAACCAGCCUCAAUUCAGCCUCAUUGUGUAGUAUGUUUUCUUUCUACAGAAAACAACAGAAAGCAUUUUGUUUUAUUUGCCUAUGUUCUAAUAUGUUUAAUAAUGACCAAAGUGCAUUCUGAGUUUUUUCAAGGAAUGUAUUACUGGAGCUUUAAGAACAUAUUUAGUUUCUCAUGUGAAAAAUUAGGCUUUGUCUGAUAUGUUUCUUCUUCCUCUAUUGUCUAAUGUUGAGGUUGUUUUUAGGAAAUAUAUUUUAUAAAACUUUUUCAAAAUAAGGUACAUACCUAAACAGAACUUAACAUUUUGCACAGAAUAUAUCAAAUGUAUUUUGAGAAAAAAAAAAAGUACGGCAUGAGUUCUUUUAGGAGUCAAAGAUGAAACUAUUGUAUCUCUGAAAAAAAAUAAAAACUUAUUUCAGAAUGAAAAUAUUUUUGAGAAAAGUAGCUGAGUAUACUGAUUUAGGAAAAUGCUUGUUUUAGGUUGAAGUUCAAUUUAAUGUAGAGUUGGGAGUUGAUUUAUUAAGUACAGUAUACCUCUCAACAACUUAUUAAUAAUAUGCUGAAUUAUGUCACUAAUGUGGGCAGCAGUAGAAUACUAAAAGGAAAAAGCUGUCAUUUAAGCAAUUUUAGAACAUUAAUAGAACUCUUUCAAAGUAGAAAAUUGACAUCGCUGCCUUUAAGAAUACCAUGAAUGUAAGAAAUUGAAAGAAAUUGUAACAUAUCAUAUACUAUAGAAAAGGCAGUUUGAAGAUAGAAUUGUGGCAGAUGUUGUGUGUUAACUGUUGUUUCUUCGCCACAUGUGUUGUAUUUGAAAGUUUGAACAGCAAGUUUAAAAUAAAACAUUCUAUGACUGACUUUUUUAAGUCAUAUACAUUUCUGUGUUAAAUUUUGUAUUUACUGUAGCAUAAGCUUUAGUUCCAACCUUUAGAUGUGGGGGGAUAAAACUAAUUUUUUUUUUAACUUCCCAACACUUCGUGUUUUUUGAUGAUUCUCAGAACCUGUGAAAGAGUAACUAUACAUACACAGGCUUUUCAUUACCAAAAUGCUUUUAUAUUAUGAAUGUUUGUUUAUUUGUUUGUAUUUGAAUACAGAAAAGUGACURUGGCCUGGAAUAUUAAAAUUCAUAGAAGAAAAG